AUGAAGCUCGUCCGGUUCUUGAUGAAAUGCAUGAACGAGACGGUGACGAUUGAGCUCAAGAAUGGCACCAUCCUCCACGGCACCAUCGCCUCGGUCUCGCCGCAGAUGAACACGGCCCUGCGCACGGUCAAGAUGACGCCCAAGGGCAGGGAUCCCAUCUCCCUCGACACGAUCAACAUCCGCGGCUCCACCAUCCGAUACUUCAUCCUCCCCGACAGUCUGCCGCUGGACACGCUGCUGGUGGACGACACGCCCAAGCCGAAGAACAAGGCGAAGAAAGAGGCCGGCGCCCGGGGGCGCGGCGGUGGACGUGGUCGGGGACGUGGUGGCGGUCGUGGAAAGGGCAGGGGACGCGGUUUUUAA